CAGAUGCUCGUGGAUUCAGUCUAUCAUGUGUCCAGCCCGCAUGCGCAGAGCUGUUAGGAGAGAAAGUGACUCCGGGACUUCUGCCAGAUAGCACACGAACUUCCUUCAUUUUCUGACAGAUGAAUGUCGAUAUAAAUUCGACACGACGCUCCUCGAACCCAUGAAUGUCUUCAACGCGCGCACGGUAACUUGUUAUAAACUUCAACACAUCGUGUGCAUCGUUACAUAACGCGUUAGCAGCAGAGAUGAGAUACAUUUUGGGAAUGGCGCUGGCGCUCGUUAUCCUGCGAGUUCGUGCUGGGAUCGUAAAUAACGGAUUUUGCGCGGAUGGGAAGUGUUUUAGUAUCCACGCAGACCGGCUAAAUUUUGCCAUGGCGAAGGACAUUUGUAAAGUUCGAGGAGGACAUUUGAUGACCGUGCGCUCUGAGAAAGCGAACGAUGUUUUGAGGGAUCUGCUGGAAACAAUUACUGGAGACUUUUGGCUGGGACUUGAAUACACCAGUGGUCUGUGUUCUGGCUCUACUGUCGGGUUAAAGGGAUACAGGUGGAUCACCAAAGACAACAAAACCAACUUCACCAACUGGAAAAGAAGCGACGAGGUCUGUUCCCCAAGAUGCGUAUCAGUCUCCAAAGACGCACUGAAAUGGCACGAAUGGGCAUGCGACAAAACCCUAGAGGGUUAUUUGUGUGAAUACACGAUCACUAACUUCUGUCCCCCGCUGGGCAAGGGUGCGUUAUACGAAACACAUUUUGGAAUCACGAGUAAUGCCCUCCAAAAUGUUCCUGAAGGCAGCAUCGGGACCGCGCAGCCCCUGGGUACGCGGCACGUGUGUGUGGGGGACGGCUCUUGGCUUCCAGCACCGUGGAGUUGUGAAGUUUUCCAGGGAGGUUGUGAAUAUGAUUGCGUUAAGAGUGCGCAGGGCCCCGAGUGCACGUGCCCGCCGGGUUAUAAACUCGACAACAACAUGGUCACAUGCACUCAUCAGGACGAACCGAGCGCGCAAUCGGAACGCGUCUGUGGCCCGGGGUUUAAACUGAACGCGGAUGGGAUAACAUGUGACGACUUGGACGAAUGCAGCGAUGAGGGAGCCUGCCCUGAUGCGAAUAAACAGUGCAUAAAUACGCGUGGCAGCUUUGAGUGUCUUUGCAAACCCGGCUUUGAGAAAGUGCGUGGAGAUUGCGUGGACGUGAACGAGUGUGCUUCCGGGCCCUGUGAACACGAAUGCACCAACACCCAAGGCGGUUAUCACUGUACAUGUUUUGAUGGAUACAUACAAUCGACGGAAAACAUGCACACAUGCAAAAUGCACUGUACUGAAGCUGAAUGCCCCGCGGAGUGUGACCCCAAUAACAGCGCCCAUUGCAACUGCCCAGAUGGUUUCGUCCUUGACGAGCAGCGUUGUGUUGAUAUAGACGAAUGUGAUAGCGAGCCGUGUGACCAGAAGUGUGAAAACACCUAUGGAAGUUAUAAAUGCUCCUGUGAAGAAGGGUUCGUGCUUAAAAAGAACGGAAAAUGUGAGGUGGAUUAUUUUGAGGGCUCAGGCACCUUGGGACCUUUUGAUAAAUUUACUCCCACCAGUAGACCCCCGACAGAUAAACCAAGGUUGCUUUCAGCCGGCAGUCUGCUGGGAAUAAUGGUUUGCACGGUCCUGUCUGUUGUUGUACUGGUUUGCUUCGUGCGCUGCAUCACGAGACAUCGCGGUAAAACGCAACAAGUGACGAGUUACGAUCUGCAAAAAAGCCACACCGACAUCUACGAUUUUCAACAGGUGAUCACUGAAAAAAAUACACAACUGUCUUUUCCAGACAGAUAUUUAAGAAGGGAAAUCUAAAAACAGACACAAACUGGAGAAUGUAGGACUACAUACUGGAAUGCAUGCGUUUAUUAUUUUUUUAAUAGCCUAAAAAAAAGUUGGAUGCCAUUUCUGAGAAUGUGAGAAGAACUGAAGCAUUGCACAUGUUUGAAAAGGACAUUACUGACAGUGUUAUGAAAUGAAGAGAAUAAAAAUAUUAUUUUUCAUAUUUAAAACGUGUAGACUUUUUAAGAUGUCAAAUCAAUCUUUUGGUUUUUAUCUCAAAAUGCCAUAUACAUAAUUUAUUAGAAUAUAUAAAAAUUUGCCACUUUGUAGGUGUGAGCAAAAAAGUAAUAUUUGUGGGUUUGUCCUUUUAAAUGCAAAUAAGCUGAUGAAAUGCAAACACUGAUCACCAUAAAGGUGGUUGUUAAUAUUGAAA